AUGAAACUGGACGAAGUGAAGAAAGAAACUGCUAACGACCCAGUCCUUUGCAAGCUUUCUGAAGCAAUCACACACAACCGAUGGCUCGAUCCUGAAGUGAAACCGUUCGUUAACGUAAAGGACGAACUGUCUGUCUGCAAUGGAUUAAUCGUCAGAAACCACCGCCUGGUGCUACCUCAUUCACUGCAGAGCCAAGCCAUAGAUCUUGCACACGUAGGCCACCAAGGCAUAGUCAAAACGAAAAUGCUACUUCUUGAAAAGGUCUGCAUGGUUCCCCUCCAUAGAUAAGAUGGUGGAACAGAAAGUCAAGACGUGCCUGCCGUGCCAAGCAGCAACCACAGGUACCCAUCGACAUCCAGAACCCUUGUCAUGACACCGCUGCCCGACGCACCAUGGCUGUCGAUUUUGUUGGUCCGUUACCAUCAGGCGAGCUGCUACUCGUUGUCAUCUACGAAUUUAGCCGAUUCCCCGAAAUAGAAAUUGUCACCACUACGAGCGCAAAAGCUGUCAUCCCAAAAGCUGGAUAA